UUCAUGACUUGGGAGAGAGAGAAAGAGAGAGAGAGAGACACAGAGAGAGAGAGAGAGACAGAGAGAGGGAGGGAAAUUAAAAAAAAACAGAGAAGGACAGAAAAGUAAGUUGCAAAGAUUUCGCAACCCUGCGGGGAGGGGAGAAAUAUGUAUAUGUUUCAACGCUGGGGAGGGUAACUCUGUCAAGGCCAGGGUAGGAUAAAAGCACCAGCUCUCGCUCUCCUGCUGCGAGACAUCAGAAUAUGCCUGAGUCGGGACACAGGCUUGGCCUCCUCACCCAUGCCAAGGCGUUGGGUUUAAGGUAGCCGCUGCCCAUCAGGAAUCCAGAGAGGACUUGCUAUGAGUUUCCCAGUCGCGUGGCUUCGGAUUCUCUGCCUACUGGGGGGUGCCCUGGCCCAGAGGCCUCCGAGAGGUCUUCAACCCACCCUUCCUGAUUUGGAGGGGGAUCUCCUCUUCCUGUUGGACAGCUCCGGCAGCGUCUCCUCCUACGAAUUCUCCCGGAUCAAGGAGUUCAUUGCUGAGCUGCUUCUCCCGUUCGCCUUUGGGCCUCGCGAUGUCCAGACCGGCAUCGUCCACAUCAGUACCACGCCCAUCCUGGAGUUCCCCUUUGACCAGCAUUCCUCCACCGACGCCGUCCAGCAUGCCAUCCGCAACAUCCAGCAGAGGAUGGGGGACACCAAUACCGGCCAAACCAUUUCCUUCGCCAAGGAGAAGCUCUUCACGGCCGAAGCGGGGGCCCGCCCCAACGUCCCCAAAGUGCUGGUGUGGGUGACGGAUGGCUUCUCCAAGGAUGACGCGGCCCAGCCCAUGCAGCUUCUGAAAGACAUGGGGGUCACCGUCUUCAUCGUCAGCACGGGGAGGGGCAACUACUUGGAGCUCUCGGCUGCUGCCAGCCAACCGCCGGAGAAGCAUCUGCACUUUGUCGAUGUGGAUGACCUGGGCCUCAUCACCAAGGAGCUGCAGGACUCCAUCGCAGCCGUCAUCCAAGCCAAGCGUCUCAGAGCCACAGAUGUCUCCACUAGCAGUUUCCGCCUCACUUGGCCCCAGCUUCUGACGCAGGACACCGGCUACUACAUUUUGGAGUACGCCCCGAGUGGCGAACCCCGGCGGAAAGUAUCCAGACAACUCACUGGCGACCAUACCAGCAUUGUGGUGGCUCAGCUAGCCUCGCAAACCACCUAUGAGGUUGUCCUCAUCCCAGAAUCCAAUGAGAAAUACAUCCCGCCACAAACCACAAGGGUCACCACUCUGGAAGAUGUGGUCAGCCCAGCCCAGAUUCUUAUCUCGGAGUCCAAACCCCACAGCUUCCGGGUCAGCUGGUCUCCCAUCCUCGAGAGCGUGGCCGCCUAUCAAGUCAUGUACGGCCCCCUGAACGACAACUUGGUCCAGCUGCAAGAGGUGGACGGGAGGCUCAAUAGCACCGUCCUGGAAAACCUCCUGGCCAACACCAGCUACUUGGUGACGGUCUCCGCCAUUUAUAAGUCUGGCAAGGAGAAAGCCCUCUCAGCCAAAGCCUGCACACGGGAAGACUACUACAAAAUAAAGCACCUCCAUUUUGAAGAUCUGAGCCCCAGCUCUGUAAAGGCCUCCUGGGAUUCAGCAGGAGGAGAUGUGUUGGGGUACCGUGUUCGGUGUCGGCGGCAAGCUGGCCCUUCAACCCUCCUCAGCGUCUCAUCACAGAUCCACAGCGUUCUGCUGUCAGACCUGACCCCUGGCAGCAACAACAAAGUGUGUGUGAAGCCUGUCUACAGAACCCAUCCUGGGAAAGGACUGUGUCGAAUGGUCCAUCGGCAGCCUGCUUCAGCCGCAGGUAGCUACAGGCGCCGGAAGAAAGCGUGAGAAUUUGUGAACUAAGUUUUUGUGGGUCAGAAGACAAGGACACAGCCUGGGACAAAGUUAUCAGGACCCCCGGAAGAGGGAGGCUACAGCCCCAAGUCUUUUUAACCUCUGGCUACCCUGUUCUCUUUUGCAACUGACUUGCCUACAAAAGCCCCCCCCCCCCCCCCCCCCAAUUUGGCUCGGUUACAGAAAACAGCUUCACAGGGAUAUUGGAUGUUGCUAGGGGGGAAAAAAAGACUUUUUGCUCACGGAAUUUCCUUUCCUUUCCUUGGAAUGGCAGCGAAAGACUCAAGUCCAGCUUCUUUUGCAUUGUUAUUUAUUUGUGUUUUGUAUGAAAUGGGAGGAGAAUAAGCAAAAGAUCUUGGUUCCUUUCUCACCUGCAAGUGAGACCCUUCACCUUCUAAUCUGCAUUCUGAAUUCUAAGAACUGUCCUUCUGCUUCAAAAGUGAUUGCAGUUUGGUUGGGAUGGGUGUGUGUGUGUGGGGGGGGGGAAUUAGAAGCACAAGGCAGAUCCCAAAUGAUUCCUUGGUUAUUGUCCAAGGUGGUGGCCCAAAAUCUGUUGAACACUGUUGUCAUUGAAUGAAGCACCUAUAAUAGAAUUCCAAAGAUUUCCUUGAGACGGAGGGAGAACGGAGAGCAAAGCCAAGGAUAUUUCCUGUUUUAUUUAUGCACAUUUGCUCUGUCCUUGGAAGCAAAUAGUUAAAGACUGCCAAGAUGUAAAACUCUUCUUCAGGCUCACGUUAACCUUUGAGUUGUGGGGCCAGGAUCCACAUUCCAAGAAAUUAGGUGGAUUAGGACCACGGGCUUGGCAAUGGCAGGACAUAAUAUGUGACUGAAUAAAAUCGACAGAUACAGUUACUGAACAGUAAACUAAUAGGCCAAUGAACUUGCUUCAUCCCAGUCUAUUUUGGGUGGCAUCAAAAAUAAUUUUUUUGGGAGGGGAGAGAAUGCAACCAUUUAGAGAAGUAAAGUGAAGCACCCCCGCCAUAGAUACUAGAGACAAUUACCUGGUAAAGAGAGAUAAAGAUAGAUAUCAAAGGGUAGCUGUGGUGCUCAGAACAUCUUUGGCAACAAGGUAAUGUAUAUUGUUCAAAUGUAGAGAGGGAGCAUUACACGUGGCUGGGUCCAUCGGUGAAUUGAACAGUGGCCUAUGCAAAAGAAAUAUUGCACUUUUCUGGAAAUGUGAGAGGUGGCUGGGCUGCCUCACACCCGAGACCAUCCAGCAAAAUCACAUGCACAGUUCAGAAGACACAACCUGAAGCACUUUUUUAUGUAAAGUGAUGGGUGCCGGAGACGCUGUUCCCUAGCCGUGUCGGCCCUUUGGGGGCCAGUAGUUUGCAAAUGACCAUAACCUGACCAGUUUAUACAGCACUGCCAGACAAUUGGAGCUUAGGGCCAGGAUAAUACAGUAUUAUCCUGACCAUCCUGGGAGGCGGACUCCAAUGGAUUUGUGGAGCAGCUAGCUGGAGAUGGUGAACCUAAAAUAUACAACCAGAAAAUCUCUACCAUAAAUCACUGCAUCUUGGAUCACCAGCUCCUCAGGAUGAAGUUCAGCCGAAAUGCUUAUUUUCCACGCAUGUUUUGUUUAACUGUUUCAUUGUGGGAGCCUCCAUCUGCAUGAGAAUUGAAUUAGCCCAGACAACAGUGAAAUUUCUCAGCCCAAACUAGUUAACAGGAAGACAGGUGUUUGUUUGUUUUUUAAAAAAGGGACAAUUGUAAUAAUGCAAGUAAUGUUGUGGCUUGUCGCUAGUUGUAAUGAAACCCGAAAAGCUUUCAUUCCUGCUUCAGAAUGUGCGCGUGACAGUUGGAAACCAUUUCAUUUUCUCCAUAAUUCUUUCAUGUACCGUUUUACUAAUGCAGUAGCCAUUCUCUCUCCUCAGCUUACUCCAGCAGCAACAUUGUCAUGUAUCCUUUGAAAUAAGGUGAAUUAAACAGAGAACAAACG